AUGGACAUCAAAAGGUACACCAAUUCAAAAACCCCACAGAGUACAUGGGAUAUCGACAGUAUUAUAGAUGCUAUACAGAUAACCUUAGGCCAAAAAGAUCUGAUAACCAUAAUGUCAAUUUACACUGACAAUAUAGGGGAAGGAAAAAUUUUGGACCUUUUCCCAACCCCAGUGAAAUCCCCAACGGAUGCUUUAGGAUUAGGUAUUGAUGAAACUGUUAGAAAUCUCGAAGCCUUUUUCUGUGAACCUAAGCAAAAGAAUGUGGUAGCUAAAUGUACCAUAGAAGAAAUAAAAAUAAUAUUAUUCUUUGAUUCUGGAGAACUACUCAGUUCCCCUAUAAGAGAUCUCAAUCACGGUUUAUGUACAUUUGAAAUUCGUGAUAUAGAUAUAUCCUUUGUAAUAUACAAUGACAAAAGUUUGGAUGGAAAAUUGUCUGUAGAUUCGAUGUAUAUUGAAGAAAUUGGGCCUGAAGCGAAUGCAGCAGAUAAAAUAAUUCUACAGUCCCCAGCGGACGACAAUAAAAACAACAAUUGCAAUAUAACAGUAAACAAGCCGCCAAUAAUAGACGUAACUUUUCAUCAAAACAAAACGGGAGACAAAUCCGCAGAUGUAAUAAUAGGCAGGCUCAGUCUCAGUUUCUCGAUACCCUUCUCCGAAAAGUUAGCCCUUUUCCUAAUCGAGUGCCUUCCCAAAGAAAGCGUUGACGUAGGCAUCGUCAAUCCUGGUUACGAAGCUGAAGUAUAUCACACAGUAGCAAAUAAAAGUUAUGCAACAAGCCUUACCUUAUCCGUUAGAGUAAAUAAACCAGAGAUUAUAUUUCUUGUUGAGACGACGUCGAAUAAGAAGAGAUAUUUUAUUACUAAAAGUGAAAUAUUAAUAGAUUAUUCAAGACAUGCAAAUAGGCUUAACCUAGUAAUGUCAUUAUCGGGACUUCAUAGUCUCUUUUUUGACCUUAACGAAUACUCUGAAGAACCUUACGUAAUCCUACGACAAUGUGAUAUCGAGCUAUGCAAGUCUUGUGCAGAAACAGGAGAGAAGAUUACAAUGGCGAUAUCUUCUAUUUAUUUAAAGCUUUGCAGUGAAGUAGUACAUUCAUUCAACGAUAUUUUAAACGAUAUCGUUGAACAUUUUAAAGUACCUGAAACCGAACUACCUAAAGUAGAAAAAACUAAACCAGUUAAAACUCCAGACGUGGAAGACCUUUGGGAACCAAAAAAGCUAACAGAAUUCGUUACAACUUGUAAUACCCUAGACAAUCUGAAAACCGAUAACACUAUUUUUAUUCACGAAAUUCUUCUAGUACCCAAAUUUGAAGUUGUAGUUAUCUUUGAGCUAGAACAAGUUCAGGUUUUCCUUACCAAAACUACCAUCGAGCUAACAUUAUAUGAUUGGUCCUCUAUUCUAAAUUGUACUUGCGAGUUAACUGUGCAAGCCAAUUACUUUAAUGAAAAUUUACAAAGUUGGGAACCAGUUAUAGAACCCAUUGUAGUAGACGAAAAAAGAAUACAAGCCCUGGGAGGUUGUCAUCAAAGUGUUCCAAGAUAAAUCUAUGCCCAUGCUAGAUGACACGGAAUAUAGGCCAAAAACAAAGCCUGUCACCAAAAAGAACAGUCGAUCUGUUACAACAACUGAAGACGAGGAUUCAGGGGACGAUAUGAUGUAUUUGGAGCCGUUAAACCCCACGUACAACGGAAAUAACAGAAGAGUUAAGACUAGUCUUUCUACUUUUCUCGAUGAUUCCGAUUCGGAGAAUGAGGAUGGAGCAAUGGAGAGAUUAGCUGCUGCUAUUUCAGAUUUAUUUACAGGUGACUGGAACGAAAAUGAAGAUAGCGACUGCGGUCAUUCAAGUGAAGGCGAAGAUGAUAUAGAAGAAUCCCAGAAACCAAAAGAGAAACGUGAUAUGCUGUUCAACAAAUCGUACUAUAUUCUUUUGGAUGCCAAAGAAACGUUCAAUGUAACCGUCACACCGACUAUGCUACAAAUAGUCAAUGAUUUAAUAACUCAGUAUUCCAACAAAAUAAUAUCCGUUAGAAGUAACAGAAAGGUAAUAAAUUUGAUCAAUGAUAUUGGACCUCAUGCCAAAGUAGAUUUUUACGAAAAAAUUAGUGCAGAGGAUAAUAAAUUAUUAUGCACAAAGAAAUUUGAAAAUGAAGAUUCUGCUCCUAAUAGUCCAACAAAAACGGGAUUCUAUUUGCCAGAAUAUUUGGAUAGUAGCUACGAUGACAGAGAUAGUUUUACUGAAGAAGGAAAAGACGAUUUCGAAGGAUCCUACGAUUUCGAGUCAUUAUCCAGUUUGCAGUUUCCGGACGAAACAACUCCGCAACUUUACGAUAGAAUCAAUAAAAACUUCAUGAAAAUUUACAUACCCAACUUAUCACCUAUACAAACCAAUUGCUCAAAACGGAACUGGGAAAAGCUAAUUCGACUUAGUUCGCCGAAUUCUACUCAAACUUAUCAUUUAGCUGCUAAACACACAAUGGGGAAAUUGGGAAGAAAAAUUAUAGUGAGCUCUCCACUUCAGAUAAAGAACGAAACUUGCUUUGCUCUAAGUGUACUGUAUCAACCGUCUAUACUUCAACAGUUAAAUUUAGAACCAGUAGGAGACAUGACUAAUCCUUUCGAAACUACCAUGAGAAUAUCGGUACUUGAACCUCAAGAAGAAUACAAUGUUCCUCUACAUAUAGCAUACCAUUGCACAUUGUUUAUCCAACCAGCUUAUGCAGAGGGACAUUAUGCUUCUGAUUCUGGCAUCUGGUGGAAAGAUCUAGCCACAGAGAUGGACAAUGCUCACGAUCUACAUUGCAAACCAAAAACAGAUUCAAACGUUGAAAUAUUUUCUAUAAGAGUUAUGCUAAAACGUAAUAUUAACAGUAAAAACCCAACUCAUUCAUCCAUACCAAAUUACAUUAUCCAUUUGCUACCUCCUUUAAUAAUCAACAAUUUCUUACCAUAUUCACUUGAAGUGUUGAACGUAAGUUUGAAGCAAGUUAUUAAAGUUGAACCUGGAGAGAAAAAUAGCGUGUACUCUUUGGAUUUCUCGAAGGAUCAAAAACUUCUGAUACGAUUGAAACAUAAUUCCGCAACGUGGACCGGAACUUUGAAUCUUACGAAGCAUUUGGAUGAGAAAAUCUUGGUAUUGACUACCGAUAACAAGGAGGAGGUUGCUAACUUGGCUAUAAAUAUCAAAAGUGACAGAGAAGGUAGUUGUAACAUGUUUUUCUAUACACCCUAUUGGAUUAUCAACAAAACUGGUCUUCCUCUCCAAAUAAAGGCUUCAAUCUCAAACACGCUCUACAACUGCGUGAACGAAGACAUUUUGCUCUUUACAUAUAAACGGCAUGGAAAGCAAACCCUUAAUGUUCGAGUCUACGAAUCAAACUGGUCCAAUGAAUUUGGUUUGGAAUGUGUAGGCACGACAGGAUUGAUCAUUUGUAAAGAUAUAGAGAGGAAGAAGAAAUACAUGUUCUUUUUGAAUAGCAGGUUUUCCAAUAUUUGUCCAAGACUUACAAAAAUUGUGACAAUACUUCCUAGUUUCUUGGUGACCAAUAAUACAGAUAAAUCAUUAAGAUUUAUGGAACAUAACGACAAAACUGACUUAUGGAUCGAUUUGGUUCCUUAUAAAACUAUGAUAUUCUGGCCAGAAACAUCAUCCAUGGAAAUGUACAUCAAAUAUAAAGAUAGCAAGUUAAUAUCACAUUCGUUUUUUAUAUCCACCCACCAUAGAACAGUUUUGAGGUUAGACAAGGGAAGCGCAAUCACAGUAGAAGUGACGGGAGGAGUGAAUGAUUCAUUUAGGAUUUCCUUCAAUGAGUACAAACCAGGCGAUACACCGGUUCUAAUUAAGAAUUACUGCGCUGAUUUGUUCCUGAAGAUACAACAACAAGACCUAAGCCCCGUCACUUUGUUGAACCCUUAUCAUUCGCUAUUAUACACGUGGGAUGAUCCAACAAGACCUCGACAGUUGGUGUGGAAUGUGUACAAUAAUAAAGGAAGGGGUUUUUCAGUUGAUAUUACCAAAGACGGUUAUGGAGAAGAAAAAAUGAGAAUCCAUAGUGUGACACCAACAUCCAGUUUAGUGGAAUCAUCUAGCAGCGACGAUUCAGACAGUUCUGAUAAUACUCAGCACAAUCUCAACAAAAAAGUUCACAAGGACAAAAUUAUUAUUUACUGGUUAUGCUAUCGGGAAGGUUUGCAAAGAACCUUACUAUUAACUCAAGAAUUGAGAAUAUACAACAAAGUCUUGGAAAUGUUUCUAGAAAAGUGUCAAAUUGAAGGUUUAAUUGCUCUCUCUGGCGUUGGAUUAUCGAUAUUCACAUCCGAAAAUGAUACGAAAGAGCACAUAUAUGCAACCAUCAGUGACAAUCCUGCCAUCUGGGAGGUAAACGUCGGUCAAAAGUGGAAAACGUUAACGCUGGAAUUAGCUUCAUGGGUCGAAGAUAAAUACAGGCUUCACUACAAAAAAUGUCAGUUAAAAGAAUAUGUUCACAUAGAUUUCGAAAAGAUGUAUAUGUUAAAACCCUUCUUUGCCGAGUUACGACGAAGUUAUUGCCCUGCGGUGUAUUUCCACUUCAGGAAAUCCCAGAACUAUCAGUAUUACAAUUUAAGAUUACAAUCCCUACAGAUAGACAAUAAGCAAACGAAUAACAUUGUAUUUCAUCCCUUGCCAGCUCAAAAUAUCAAAGAUAAUACUCCAUUCGCCGAAAUAUGUGUAUCCAAGUUAUCUUCUAAGACAGCUAGCGUCUACAGAUAUAUUAAAUUUAACAUAGGUAGUUUCUUUUUGAACAUAGAGAAUGAUUUAUUUUUGCAAAUUUGUAAUCUUCUUAAGAAAACGAGAAAAUUUACCGAUGAAGAUUCUGGAAUCUACGUCAAUGAAAUUAAAUCCAUACACAAAUCUAUCACGGCCAAAAAUAAUGAAACACCACCUUUAAACAAAUCCUACAUAGAAUAUUUGAUACUAAAUAGCUUCGGUGUUCAACUCAAUAUUUCCAAUAAACUUCAGAUGAGUUUAUCAGGAUCUAAAGGUCCAUUAUGCAGAGUUCUGGAUUAUUUGUUCCCAUAUAACUUAUCGCCUUAUAUGCCGAUGGAGGGUGUUCACCAUAAGAUUUCAUCAGUAGAACAUGUGGAUAUUUGCGACACGCUGAAUAACGCCGUAUCAAAUUUACUUGAUCAAAUAUACACACAGUUUUUACAACAGUACUACUCGCAUGUGCUUGGACUCCAGGUACUAGUCAAUACAUUUGCAAUCCAACCAGCAAUUGAGGUUGGCGAUUUCCAGUCGGACAAAAUGGCAAACAUUCUGUUCUACGCAUCCAGAUGUCUUCUAGGACACAUCAACAUGUCUCCAGUAGCAGUCGAAGCAUGCGUCAUAGACAUUUUUAAUAAUCAAAAUAUUGAAAAUAUACAAAGAAUCCGACGACACGGAUCGUACCACAAAUCGGAAAUUGUUCCAAAAACCAUUACAAUUUCAAGCAGGAAUUUUACUACUGGAGUUCCUAAUGCUUUGAGUCAACUAAUAGUACGGAACCAGAAUGGUAUUCCCUGUGAUGGUGAGAUGUUCUUUAGAACAACAGGAAAAGCUUUGCAAUCGUUGAUAACAAGGCAUCCAGAUGAAAAAUCUGACAGUGUGGAAGUUGCUCGAGAAGCUCUAAGAAGGGCUUCAAUAUUAGGAGAACCGAUAAAAAUUCAUCAAAGGUUAACCAGAUAUAAAAAUAAACAUCUAGGUCUCCGUCCACUAUCUGUCCACGAUUCCAUGGGUAAUUAUUUAGUAGAAACCAUAGGCAGUUCAAGAUUCUCUAACGACACAUACUGGGCCCAUGCUGCCUUAGAUAAAAUUGGAAAAUCCAUAAUAAUAGUUACUUUGGAACAUGUCAUAAGAGUUAAUAAAUGCCGAUUGUGGGGACCAUGGGAAAUAGAAUGGGUUGUUGACUUAGAUGACAUAAUAUCGAUGCCGAAGAUUAAUUGUAUUGAGCUGAUAUUAAACAUGAGACAGAAUGACUCAAGCACUGGUAAAAUUUCCCAAAUUAAAAUCGCCGGCCAGAAGGAAAUGUUGGUGUGGCUUCAUGAGAAAAUAGAACAGGCUAUUAUUGUUAGCAUGGAAGACAAGUCCUGGGCACUGACAUAAAAUCAUUAUUGGAAUACAGAGGAAUUAAGACAUUUUGAAAGGAAAAAAGAAAUCUAGAGAUAUUUAAAUGUACAUUAAAAAUUUGUGUAUAUUUUGAAUCAUUGUAAAAAAAUAAAUAUAUUAAAAGUUG